AGCUACACGGGGAUUGCGAUGGAGCUAGAAUGAAAGAACCGGCUGUAACUUGGGGAUGUGAUUCGGAAAAGAUUGUGAAAUAUCCAGAGCAAAGAUUUGAUUUGGACCGCAAGGCAUCCAAGUUGUUAAAGUUGCAAAUACGCGAGAAAGAGGCAGUCAUCAUCGUGUGGAAAAGACUUGGAAAAGUUGCUGAAGUUACACCAAAACCUAACAGGAGGAUGGAUAGACAACUUGCACAAUGAUAAGAACAUAGGAGAAAGACAUUUUGUGGGAAUAUCUCCGGAAACGUUUUUUGUUUGGCGCACCAACGACGUAAAAGCUAUUCAGUCUAUGCGUAAAAGUCGCUGUACCGACGCAGGGAGAUAAGGUCGUAUCACUCGAUCUGUAUCCGGUCCGAUGGGGGCCGCGCCGGGCUCCGGCUGGGAAGAGGGUGAGUUCGAGUUUAAGUUGGUGUUUGAGGAGGACCAGGGGCCAUCACCGGUUCUCACAGCCGAGCCGGAGAGCUCUGUUCCCGGGGAGGAGAGUGCAGAGUGCGCCCUGCUGCACCUGGAGCCCUCCAGCAGCAGCAGUCUGGUUACAGAUAACCACCAUUCGAUCAGCAUCCCCAGCCCGCCGUCCUCGGCCAAUCAGCGGGCUGGGAUGCAUUCUCCGCCUCCACGCAGGGCCCAGAGCAGAGAGUUCAGCGGGACCUAUGAGAGCCUGCCGGCGCGCUCUGUGCAGGUUUCAGAGUCUCGCGUGGUGGAGUGUCCCAGCAUCCAGAUAACCACCAUCUCCCCUGAAGACGACCUCGCACCCUCAAUCUCCAGUUACUGGGACACAGGUGGAGGUGGUGGGGGGUGGGACAGAGAGCGCCUCUACCUCCCCCUGCUGGACCCCUUCACCUACAGAGACCGCUGCCCCGGCUCCCUCAGCCCCAGCCCGGGCUCCAGCCCCUCGUCCCGCGGCUGGCUAAGCCCCGCCUCCAGCUGCGACUCCCUGCUGGUGGAGGAGGAGGAGCUGACCGAGGCCACAAACAAUUUCGGGCUUUCGCCGUCCUCCAGGCCUACCUCUCCGGGGGGGAAAAAGCGAAGAAACUCCCCCCUGGUCUCUCCAUGUACUUCACGGAGGGGCAGCUACUCAGAGGAACUUCAGGGGUGCAACCUUGAAGGAGGGGACUCCUCACCUCAGUCCCAAGCUCCACCCAACAGCUGCGAGCUCAGCAUCCCACAGAAAACCAGGAAGACGUCGUUGGAGCAGUUGUCUCCCAGGGAGUUGGAUCCGGAGCCGGCUCCAGGCCUCAGCUCCCCCUGCCCGCUGCCAGACAGCCAACAGCCAGGAGAGCGCCCCCCCCCUCUGGGCAUGGACUACCUCCCGGUGCCCCCCGCUCUCGCCUGGGGCCGGACCCGAGCCAGCGCCCAAAGCCCUCUGUUCAGGACUAACGCCUUGCCGCCACUGGACUGGCCGCUGCCGUCCCAGUUCGACCAGUACGAGCUGCGGAUCGAGGUGCAGCCGCGCCCUCACCACAGAGCGCACUACGAGACGGAGGGGAGCCGAGGAGCCGUGAAGGCAACGCCAUCAGGACAUCCUGUCGUCAAGCUGUGUGGAUACGCUGAGAGGAAGCCGCUCUCCCUUCAGGUCUUCGUUGGAACAGCUGACGACCGAUCGAUCAGGCCACAUCCUUUCUAUCAAAUACACAGGGUGACAGGGAAGAUGGUGGGUACGGCCAGUCAUGAGAGCGUUCAGACGGGGACCAAAAUCCUGGACAUCCCCCUAAACCCUGAGAACAACAUGACUGCACUCAUCGACUGUGCUGGGAUUCUGAAGCUGAGGAACUCGGACAUCGAGCUGAGGAAAGGAGAAACGGACGUUGGGAGGAAGAACACUCGAGUCCGGAUGGUGUUUCGGGUUCACCUCCCUCUGACUCCUGUAGCUCAGCCCGGCCGAGUCCUGGCUCUGCAGGUGGCCUCCCUCGCCAUCGAAUGCUCCCAGCGCUCGGCUCAGGAGCUUCCCGUCAUCGAGUCCAUCAGCCUGACCUCCUGCUGCGUGGAGGGGGGAGAGGAGCUCCUGCUGAGCGGGUCCAACUUCCUGCCCAUCUCCAGAGUGCUUUUCAUGGAGAGAGGGACAGAUGGUAAACUACAGUGGGAGGAGGAGGCUCAUGUGGAUCGUGACAACAGCAAUGAGUGUUUGAUGUGUGUGAGGGUCCCGGCCUACAGCGACAUGUCCGUCGGUCUUCCUGUGUCCGUCAGUCUUUACGUGUCCAACGGGAAGAGGAAGAGGAGCAGCACACACUGCUUCAAAUAUAUCCCCGUGUUGUUCAAAGAGGACGACCCCCUGCUGUCCCGGCCCUCCGUGCUGCCUCUGGACGCGGGGGUGCAGCCCAGGAUGGACUUCCACAUGCGAGGCGACCCCAUGGAGGAUGAUCGAGGCCUGGGAUUCCUCCACCUGCCUCCGUACCCCUCCACCUACUCCCCCCCCUGCCCCGCCAUGAGCUACCACGAGGAGUACUGCUCCAAACCCGACUCCGUGGAGGAAUCGCGGGCGGCGCUGAGCGAGCGGCAGCCCAGCUUCGAGAACCUAGAGCUGGGUUUCACCGAGCUCCUUCCCCCCUUAUACCCCCGCGGCCCACAGCCUCCAUCCCCCUCCCCUUCCCCCUGGCUGGACUCACCCUACCUCUCAUCUUCACCCUCUCCCUCCCACUCCUCCUCUCUCAGCCCGUUUCCUGCCGGGAGUCCCAUCUCCACCUCCCCUCUGCCUCCCAUCCCCACCUCCCCGUACCCCCAGUACUCUGCGUACCCUCAGGAGGUGUGUCCCUCACCCCCCUCACACCCCAGCCUGUAUCAGGACAUGUGCCCGGCACCCUACUCCCACUACGAGGGCUGGGACCCCCAGGGGAGGGUGCUGGGGAUGGGGCACGGGGGAGAGAGGGACACCAAGAUCCAGGACUGCCCUCUGGAGUUUACCAGCUCUUCUAUGCACCACAUCACUUUUGAAGAAGUGUCAGAGUUCAUCGGGGAGGACAUCCAGUCUUACCAGUCUUCAGGCUCACAGAUGGACAACCAGCCAAACUGAGCACAGAGCUCAUCAUCCCGUUUGAUAUCCAGCGUGAUUUUAAAUCCAUUAUGCACUUGGUAUUAAGAUGCAUCGCUCCAGUCUCAUGUGAUAUUGGCAGGGGGAUUUUAUUACCAGGACACUGUUGUAAUUAUGACCACAGGUAACUGUUUUUAUGUGGUUUUAUAAAGGGAAACUAUUGUUUUUUAACAUGUUUUCAAUAUAAAUUAUAAAAGA